AUGCAUUCUGCCCUCAACCGCAUCCAAGGCGUGUUCGGCUUUUUCACCAGUGUUGCAUUGGUGCUGGGAGUGUUAACUGCUUUCUCUGUCGUGCUACACCCUGCCGAGCCCAUCACAAGUGUGAAAUUAUCAAAUAUACAAGUCGUCAGAGGUCGACCACAUUAUUACUCUGUUAAAAGAGAGGAAUACGCCCAAAUAAAAUUUGAUUUAGAUGCUGAUCUUUCCUCCCUCUUCAAUUGGAACACUAAGCAGCUUUUCGUUUAUGUUCUUGCAUCCUAUCCCUCCACUGUUUCUACGAGCUCCUCUUCCCCGAAGAAUCUCACUGCCAUUACCGAAUCCGUAAUUUGGGACACUAUAAUCCCCGCAACUGUCUCACCAUAUUCAUUCUCGUCUCUCAGAUCACGUUAUUUCCCCAGCACAUCAAGUGCCGAUAAAAAGAAAACGCGCCAGAACGCUAAUACUAAGAAAGCGCAAAAAAUCCCUGGCAAAAUAAAACUGCGCAAUCAGAGGCCCAAGUACCAAAUCACUGAUAUCUCCGGCUCUGUUGCGGAAAGGAAGAAUGCGUCGUUAAUUGUCGGAUGGAAUGUUCAGCCUUGGAUUGGCGCGCUACAGUGGAAUGCAGGAACGAACAUUGAAAACAAUCUUGCUGGAAUUUUUACGCCUGCCUUUAUUCCAGGCGCAAGAGCGGGUAGAAGCGAAUCGUUUAACUUUCCACCAUUGAAGGGAAAGACUACGUCGUCUCAGAAGUAG